UCACCGGCCAAGUCCCUGUUAAUUACCUAAUUACUGCCACUUAUGUCUGAGGCAAAGAAUCGAUACACAAGCAUUCUGCGCAAUUUGAAUAAGGUCCCUUCAUAGCUCACCUCCGAACCUGAUAAACCUGGCCCCGCAUUCAGCUGUCCCAUGGGGGGUUGCAGACUUUCAUAUCAGCAAUUGAACCAGAGUAGCUCUUCCUUUGAACGGUCUGUUAUGAAGAUUACCACCUUCCGGCAGACUUAACAACCGGCAUCUUAGAGAGGUGGAAAGGAGAAGAAGCCUUGUUAGCUUUACUUCAAUUCAUUGCUUCCUCACAAGUCAGAGCGUAGAUAUGCGCUCAAGUAUAGCGUGUGUCAAAUGUCGGCGGAGCAAAGUCAAAUGCAUCAACAAUGGACCAGGGUCCAUUUGUAGGUCCUGCCAAAUUUCGGGAAGGGAAUGUACAUAUCCAUUACCGGCUUUUGAAAACGGGACUGCUGGCAAAAGAGAGAAUUCGGACACUUUGAAUCCUGUUACACAUUCAGGCACAUCGAAUCUGACGCAACGAGAGGAGGCUACAAAGCGCAAACGCUCGAGGAAAUCCUCAGCGGCAAUACCUGCCGCAGCAGUUCCCAGUGCAGCGCAGCUUGCCCACUGUGCAGCUCUUGAUAUCCUUGGAUCACCAUAUCUGACUGCUCAACUGUGGAUGGAGAUUUUUGAUAUUUUUCAGCUUCAUUUCUCGGCCGACUUACCAUUCUUCCAUCCCCCGACUUUCUUAGACCAUUUCUGCCAACCCAAAACUUUGUCCAAGCCGCAAAAUUCCACUCCACAAAAUGACAGCACGCAAUGGCCUCAAUCGCCUGCCUCCCCGUUGGUCCUUCUCGCCCUCUUGGCCCUCACUGCUCGCUUCCACCCGGGUUUGUGCGCCCACCAUGCACAAAUAUCACCUGAUCGGCUUAGCCGGCCUAUUGCCGUGUCUGAUUACUAUGCAAAGUAUACUAGGGAUCUUUUGACUAUAUCUCAUCCUGUGGAGCAUGGUUAUCCGAGUUUAGAAAGAAUCCAGGCGCUUCUGAUGCUUGGCCUUCAUGAAUGGGGCAUGUGCAGGGGCGUCCGCGCCUGGAUUUAUGUUGGGAUCGCAGUGAGGAUGGCACAACUCAAAGGCCUCCAGUUCGAGCAGGAUCUUGACGAGGAGCCUAAUGCUUGUUCCGUCGCCCUGCGGAAGGAAGCUCAACAUCUAGGAGUAUCGCAAUCACCCAAUCUCCCAACAGCGCCAGAUCCUUCGCCGGGUCCGAUGUAUUUCAUUGAUAAAGAAGUCAAACGCCGAACAUUCUGGAGCUGCUUUCUCAUGGACAGAUAUAUGAGUAGCGGAAAAUAUAGGCCCCAGAUGCUUGACGUAAACGAACUGAGGGUGCAGCUACCGAGUACUGAGCGGGCGUUCCUUUUCGGUGAGCAGGUGCGGACGAGGCUCCUCAGUGAUGAAAUCGAGUUAUGGUCUUGGAAGACGGAUCUUCAAAAACAAAGGGCCAUUGGUCCCAAAAUAAGCCGCGGUCAAGGAACAUCGGGAGAUCGGUCUCCUGAACAUUUUCUUUGUGACGAGUCCGUAGCCGACCGAAAUACUCAGGUAACGGACUGUCAAGACAAAGGAAAAUGGGAGGUUGGAUCAGAUGAAGGAAGCAUUCCAAGAGUUAUAAAAAUAAUUGAGAUCUGGGGACGGAUAGCCAAAUGGUCGUGUAAGGGUGGGAGAAGGACGGAGCGCUAUCCACCGUGGCACUCGAGAUCCACUUUCAGCUCGCUCCGUGAGCUCCUGGCCCAAUUCUAUGGAGACCUUCCACCUAGUUUACAUUUCAAUCAUGCAAACCUCUCUGCGCAUAUAGCCUCCAGGACAUCAACUCCUUAUACUCUCAUGCAUACCGUUUACUUCCUAUGUCUCAUCAUUCUUCAUCGCGAAUAUGUCCCUUUCAUUCCCAUCCGAUGUACCAAGCCUCAAGGCCCCCUUGACGAGCCAACCUUUCCACCGGAUAAAUAUGACAUUCCGCCGGGCUGGUGGGAAUCAAGCGCCAGAGAAUGUUUCAAAGCAGCCAGAGACAUAAUGGAUAUGGUUCGAACCUGCCAGGAUUGGGGUAUUCUUGCUGAGACGCCUUUGAUUGGUUUUGCCAUCUACACGGUUGCUUUUGUCGGGGUUUAUUGCAUGAAUUUUCCUCAAAUGGAUCCGGAUGGCUUCAUGUGCUCAAACGAGCCCGUGGGCCCUGAGGAAACGAAGAAGCAGAGUUCCUCGACAAACAACAGCAAAGGUGCUGAUUCUGUACGCCUCGCCAUUGAAAUAAUUGGCGGGAUGCGGACUCGAUUAAACAUGGCAGAUGGCUGGUUUAGGACGGUCAAACGCAUGCAUCAUUAUUUUCGGAAAAUGAAGGAAGACUACUGCACGAACACUAAAGCUUUGUCCUCGUCUUCGGAUCCGAGUAUAAGCGGCGAAACACAGCGUCAUCUCAGUAUAAGAGAAGGUGGUGAUGGUGGCGGCCUAGCUGAAUAUAAGUUAUUGGAGAAGACGCUCAAGGAAUUUGGUAGCUUGGAAGACGAUGAGAUUGCAGAUGCCUCAGAGGUAGAGAAGAAAGGAAACGAUCACACGCCUACGUUGCAUCAAGCUCUUGAUCGUCAGAUAGACAGUGCCGAACUAGAGAUGGCCAGAAAGAGAUAUCACGGCACUGAUACAACUGACGAUAGGCAGAAGAAGGUUCCCCGCAUGGAAGAGAUGUCGCAAGCGGUGGGAGCUGUUCCUGGGCGGUCGCCGUCGGCAUCACCAUAUGAUACAGUGGGCGGGGUUGGACUGCAGAGAAUCGUUCCGUUUGGACAAUCUCCAGGUGCUGGAGUCCCACCUACCUAUUACCCUCAGCUCCCUCAGUCAGUACCACCCCAAAUUCCUGACCACCAGGCGGUGUAUCCGGUCGAAGCAGAUAUAGCCACAAAGCAGAUAGUAUCGCAAAGCCCACCAGUAACGGCACCGUUAUCGAUACCCUCCGCGUUUUGUCAGUCUGAUACAAUGCCAUACCCUGGGCCUUAUCCCUUUCCACCGGAGCCGCCACCUCCACUGGGGCAAAUGUGCUCUACAAAUGAACAACAGCCUCCUCAGGCACCGCAACAAGUUUCGACGUCCGCUCGCAUGAUAAGGCCGUCCAUAACGGCCCUGAGUCCGGCUGGUGCUAUGUGGACUUCUGAAGCCAGAAAGAAUUGGCUGGACAAUCUUGAUACGCGGUUAGGUGGCGAUGAUGUGGCUGCGUUUGUUGAUGGGAGUAGCUGUGAGGAAUGGGGACUUGCGGCCGGUGCAGGCCAAGGCACGAGUGGCUGGCUCAGCACAGUCUGGGGCGGCAGUUAUGGAGUGUAACCCAUAUGAUCUGGACCUGACCACUGCAAACCCUUGUAGGGUGGGUAUUGGCAUUCAGAGGAUGGAGUCUGAAGACCGUUUUUAUAUAUUGGACACUUCUUAAUUUUUGGGUUUCCGCGGCGUUUGGGACAGCGGUAUCUUGGUAUAGAGUCCGAUGA